AUGCUCGGUCGAUGUGAUUGUGAGGAUACGAACGAUGCUGACCUUCGAGCAGCUGUGUGCUGCAGCCAGAGCUCGAAAUUGAUCAAAAGAAGGAUGCUGAUCGAUCGAGAGAGGCUUCGAUCUGGUGGUAGUGCUUAUACGCCCAGCCCUGCUCGUGGCGCAAAUGUCGAGAUUCGAGAUGCGGUGCGAGAAGGAUGCCACGAAGAAGUGAUGUCUCUACACGAUCAGCAAGGAGAGAUCGAUUCGAUGGACGCGCUGAUGGAGUUACUGUGCAAAGAAGGGGGCGAAAGCAAGCGCCAAGGUUGA